UACAUAUAUACAUUAAUAUAUAUAACUCUAUUUUAUUUAAAGCAUUUUAGUGUCUACAGAGCUUUAGCAUCAGACAUUAACCACCAUCGCGGCUCGACAGUUUAUCCCGCAUCACACGAUCUCCUCAGUCAAGAAGCCUUUUCCGAGCAGUCAAGUACCUCACGUUUCAACGAAGCACAAACAUGGUCUAUUCAUCAGACUUCUACACUUCCCGUAGACCGGCGUACUACAAACCGGGCAGUUCUUACUCAGUCACCCCACUGUACUCGUCCGAUGGCUAUGAUUUGCCACCUACUUAUUACAAGGCGCAUCAAGUUUAUCAGACGUGUACUACACCUACGCCAUUUAUUCUGACACCUUCAUUAUCAACCGGAAAACCAUCUCCAAAUGUUUUACCAUAUAAUGGUUAUCCUUAUACGCACCAUCAGUACGUACCAUUACAUAGAAGAUCCGGAGCUACAAUUCAUGGUGUUUUAGAUAGGAUAGAACAUCGUCCAAGAUCUCAUCCAUCAUAUGAUCCUACUGACGAGUAUCUGAACUCAAGAAGUUCUACUACCUUUAAUGAUGUUACGAGGGAUAUUAGGGCGCAAACUGCUGGAUUGCUUAAACAGGUUUACACUCCUACGAUAAGACCCAAAUUAUCCUCAGUAUCUAAUGGAUAUAGUGAAUUACCUAUAUCACAACGGAUAGAAUCUGAUGCUUAUAUUGAAAAAAUUCUUGCUGACUCAGAUUCAUAUCGUCGUGAUAACAACAUUGGUAAGGGACAUUUGGCUUGUGUAUCAUACGCUGGAGGAAAAGCAUAUCCAAGAAGAAGACCACAUUUGUCAAAAGAAGUUGAUGACAACAUAACUAUGUUAUCUUAUUACAAUAAAACAAGAGAAGCUGCAGCAGCAUCUUCAUCACACCCAACGAAUAAAAAUAAACUGAAUAAAAAUGAGCCAGCCCAAACAGUUAUUAGUAAAAAUUUAGAAUCCGAAAACGAAUCAGCCGAAUUAGUUCGAUUAUCUGCGGCAAAAAAAGCAGCAGAAAAGGAAGCAGCUCUAGCAGCUAAAAAAAUAGCAGAUGAACUAGCUGCCAAAGAAGAAUCAAAAGAAGUAGCUAAAUUGGCCGCCAAAAAGGAAGCAGAUGAAGCGGCCAAAAAGUCUGCUGCUGAAAAUGAAGCAGCUAGAUUAGAAGCUGAAAAGGAAGAAGCUAGGUUAGCAGCUGAAGAGGAAGCUGCUAGGAUAGCAGCUGAAGAGGAGGCUGCUAAGAAAAUAGCUGAAGAGGAGGCUGCUAGGAUAGCAGCUGAAGAGGAAGCAACUAGGUUAGCAGCUGAAGAGGAAGCAGCUAAGUUAGAAGCUGAAGAGGAAGCAACUAGGUUAGCAACUGAAGAGAAAUCAGCUGGAUUAGAAGCUGCUAGGAUAGCAGCUGAAGAAGAGGCUGCUAGGAUAGCAGCUGAAGAGGAAGCUGCUAGGAUAGCAGCUGAAGAGGAGGCUGCUAAGAAAAUAGCUGAAGAGGAGGCUGCUAGGAUAGCAGCUGAAGAGGAAGCAACUAGGUUAGCAGCUGAAGAGGAAGCAGCUAAGUUAGAAGCUGAAGAGGAAGCAACUAGGUUAGCAACUGAAGAGAAAUCAGCUGGAUUAGAAGUUGAAGAAGAAGAAGAAGAAGAAGAAGAAGUAAAAAAUACUAGAACUGAAGAAACUCAAUUGAAAAUAAAAAAAGAAGUCGAAGAAACUGAAAAUAACUUACAAGAAGAUAGUGAAAUUACAAGUAAGAAUAAAGUUGAAGAAUCUGAACAGCAAAUAGAUUCAAUUGAAUGUCCAGUUAAAGAUGUUGAAUCUUACGAUCAAGAAACAAAUGCUGCUGCGACUGAAGAAUCAUUUUCUACGACUACCUCAACUGAAAUAAUUAAUGAAGAAGAUGGCGGAGUAAAAACUACAGCAAUAUUUCAAAGUACAAUAAAAAAAACUACAACCAUUACAAGUAGUACCUCUAUAACAUCUGAAAAUGAGGAUAAUAUUCAAUCAACAGUCGAAAUACAAGAAGUAGUUGAAGAGGAUGACGAAGAUGAACCAGAUUCUGAGCAUCAAGAUGUGGCUCAAGCAGAAGGACAAGAAUCUGAAGAAGAAGAUGAAUCUGAAGAAGAAGAAUCUGAAGAAGAAUAAAAUUAUUAUAUAAUUCUAAUUUAUUUAUUUAUAUUAUUUAUUUAAAAAUUAAUCUUUUUAUAGGUAUUAAUAAUUUGAUUAGAUUAAGUUUCUAUAGUGUUUUAAUAACACCGCAUCAACAUUCAACAUUAUUCAUUAUAGACAUAAAACUUGGCAUUUAAAUAGUGUUAAUAAAUAAUAUUU